AUGCACGAAUCUACGGACGCCUCGGCUGACCGGCACGCGGAUGACAAUGUGCCCAAUGGCACACGCCCGCAAUCCUUCGCCAUCCGAGCCAAGUACAUCCCGUUGAGGCUGUCUGCUUGGGAGCGCAAGAUUCUUCGUCUGGUCGAGGCCGCUCUGAAUGUCAGCGAAUACACCGACGUCGUUGACGUCCUCACCUACUCGCGCAUGAAGCCCAAGCAGCGAAUCCACGCUCAGAUUCGCGACCUUUGCUCUAUUCUCACGGGGCUCGCUGUUGCCUCGGACUACGCACGCGGCCAGGAGCUUCUCGCCGAGAAGGAUUUUGCCGCCAACGAGGCCUUUUUUCAGACCGCCUUCGAGGUUGCUCGCAGACACAAAGUCGCCAAUCCGGAGAAGAGUCGCGAUACCUAUGGUAAGCUUAUUCACAUGCUUCAGGAUUCUGUUUCGGACGAUAUUACCCGCCUGCUCGAUUUUUCUUGCGUCAAACCGCUUGUUACCGUCCAUUCUUACCUCGAAGUGCGGAAGGGCUUAGAGCUGUUGGACGAUCCGCUUAUUCAGGCGGCCACCAAAGAAAUCAUUCCGGAUGGUAAGACGAGAAGAGCGAUACAAAGGGAGAUUUCGCAAAAGGAGCGUGCUGUCCAGCUGCUGGCGAAGCGCUAUAAGAGGGGGCAAACGCUUGGCGAGGAGGAAAUCAAACGCUGUCUGUACUCUAUCGGUGAUAACAGCUCUUAUUUGAGAAGCGCCCGCGACCCGUGCGAUACCAUGAUCAAGUAUCUGCACCAGUAUUUCAAGCCGGAACGACCUACCGAUCGCGCGGAUAGCCUCGCGAUCAGUGAUGGUGUUGGAGGUGCCCGCUUGUCCCACGAUCACUCGCGCCAGUUUCGGUAUGUAUUCCAGAGCCUGGCCCUUUGGAGAGAGAUCUGCCAUGAGAUGUAUAAGUUGUGGUAUCUCAGCGAGAAGGACCUGCUCAAUCCAUCAGUUUCAUACCACCUGCGAAAUACCGGGCAAGGGUUGAACCGAGUGCAGGCUGCGCCACAUGUAUCAAAGGCAAUGUACGAGAUUUUGAACACGGUGCAGAAAAGGGUAGGGUCCUGGGUAGGAUCCUCUGUCGUCCACCUGGGAGACUACAAUGUACCGAACGCGUUAACAUUUAUCGACAAGUAUGCGCAGGUACAACGAAUUUUGGGACCUCUGUCGACCUGCAUCCGGCGAUUAGGCGAUGUCGCGCGUGAGGAUGCGCACUUGGCAAAAUAUAUCGACGAGACAUUUGGCGGAGUCGAGACCGCACGCAAGAAGAUUUUGCGCGACUUUUUCAGACAUGCUUUUGACGGAAGCGGGGCGAGCGACUCGUUCAGUGCAGGGUCUUGUAUAGACGGUAGAUUGACGAGCGCGUGGAAUUGGUGUAGCGAAGUUGAGAAGAAACCAUACUGGUCGCUUUUCCUCAUCACGGGUUUCGCCGGUUUCGACGGAGACUUUUAA